CAAGGGCUUGCAAGACGAGACGCGUUCGAAGAGUUUCGAUUUGUGGGAUCUGCGAGCCCGUGGACACUAACUAUAGCACGAGCUUUGGAGAAUAAAAACACCUUUGCAGCUGUAGCCGGUGGAGUGCAGCGGCAGGCGUUACCAGAUUCUGGUAUGAAAGGAAGGGAAUAUCCCGACCUCAAUCUUGUGCUUAGUUGACUAUAGCCUACACUAGGGCAUACUUAAACUUAUUUGUAGAAAUAGUUCAUAUACCACCACCAUGCAAUCGCGACAGUAGUCCUGUGUUGGCCAUUUUCAUUUUCAAUCUUCUUUCACGGUGCUGUCCCCUCAUCCAGGAAGAGAUACUGACGUAAAACACAAGUCUGCUUGAGUGCAACGCGACACCUGUUCGCUGGUGUUUGUUUCAUCACUGCAGCCAUGACAGUGAGAGAGAAGAACAUGGGUGUUAUCAUCGUCCACAAGAAAGUAACUCCUGCAUGUCUUAUCAAGUCAAAGUCCCCGGUGGCCAUGAGGAGUGCGCCCCAUAGUUCCUCAUGUGACGGCAGAGCGCUGCUCAGUGCCAAUGGAAAGGCAAAGAUUCGGUGCAGAAGUGCAGAGAAGAGGCGCCAUACCUAUAGACCUGCGUCUGUUUCUGUGCCCGGCUGCCCUACCUACCUCCCACAAGACUCACUCAGCAAUCUGCAGGUGCAGCUUAAGGCAGAGCAGCGGGACCUGAGGGCUAUCACUCAACCCAUUUUGGACACAGAAAACAGUCUGGUGAAGCAGGAGGUGGACCAGGUUCUGUGGCACGGCCAGACGCUGGGCCAGAGGCGGCGCGAGCUGCUCCACAAGCGCUGGUCGGAGGCCGUGUGGACGCCCAUCCAGCGCAGCGUAGAGCAGCACGUGACCGAGGCCGCCCCGCGAGAGCCCCAGCGCCUACGCAGCCUCCUGCUGCACUACAUCCAGCACUGCAACGCCAAGGGCUACGUCUUCUUGGACACCUAUGAUCCGCUGGAGUACAACCCUUUCCUGUUCGACUCUGGAACGGCCUAUACCUCAAAGGUCACGACCCCUUGUUUGAAGGAUCCCUUACUUCUUCAAUCCCGGAACAGGAUGAAGGAGAAGAGUGCCGUUCUGCAUUGCCAAACAGGGCAUGUGUACACACGCGAUCAAGUGGAGGAGAUCCUGAAGCGCAGCCUCCACCCCUCUCCUCAGUGCUGCUCCACACCCAUGGUGCCCACUUCAGAGCCCCCCUCACUGGAUACCCCAACCAGGAGAGAGAGCUCCCCCUGGACCACUAACAGGGGCAAGAGCAUGAUGUGUGGCACGGCGGAGGAUGGAAGAUGCUACUGCUGCUCAACCACCACCAGACUACUGACCAAUUAAAAAACAGCCUGUGGGAUAUGGCCUCA